AUGCAGUAUAAAGCCAGCUCCAUACCUACAAAGAUUCCUGAGAAAAUGUCUGCAGCAAUUGCUCCGGUCGCCAUAGGAACUCGAGGCACUAUAGGAUCGCUGGUGAGGAAAGAAAUUGAUUACUUUACUAAGAUUGAGUUAGAGAGAUGUCCAAGUUCUUCGAAACCGCAUCAGGUGCAGAUGUUUAAUAUCGGUAGUGGUUCCGGCAUUGGUCCUUCACGGCCGAGUUUCUGGUCUUUGAGAAUGAGUUGGAAAAGGAAGAAGAGAAGAGGCAACAGCAAUGGAUUCAUUCCGAGCAUGUGUUCUGCUGUCGAAGUUGCGGAUACUAAUCCCCUAUAUCGGAUUCCCGGCUUUAAUUACAGAAUCUUGAAGGGUGAUCUAAAUUAG